CACUUGCUACGGAAGUAAAACAUUGUAGCACUCACGCUGACCGAAUGCUGGCUUUGAAUGAGUGAUUUUAAAGUCGUACUAUAUUUGUGUCACAUAUAUACUGUUUGAGUCUCUAUAAAAUUAAGAAAUAUACCCCAGAAUCCAGCGACUAUGGGUAAUUCGGUGUUGUCAGGUGUUUUACGUGAUUCUUUCUCCGUGCACGUGAACACCACAUUUGCAAACUGCUAACUACUGUAGUGACAACCUUACACUGAUAUAAAGGAGAGUUACAUGAAGCGUCAGAAUCGGCCUUCUCAGAGAUGAACCCGAGUCGACACAGGUCCACAAGGGAGCACAUAACAUAUACAACCUCGAGUGACCUGAGCUGGCGGAGGUUACCUGUUGCCUUUGACGUUGAGCUGCACAGUGCCCACCGUGUACCGGUGCAAUGAACCCCGCGGUGCUUUCUUUAUUUUAGCCGAUUUCCGCGGGGAUGUUUCGGGUCCGCGGUGUGACGUCCUCCCUUCGGAGGCUCCUCCACGGGGGAGCCUUGAACCGAGACCCGGUCCUGGAGCAGCUGCGGAUCUGCUCGGCCGAAGACCAGGUGUUCGAUGUGGUGGGCAAGAACCGAGCCAAGCUCACGGUAAACCAUGUGAGCAAGGCCGUCGGGAUGCUGUGGCAGUUUCAGAAGAACAAGCCAGAAAUGCUGCGGACUGUAGAGCUCAUCAGGAGCCACCCGCAGUUCUUGACCCUGCGGGUUUUGGCGGAGAACAAAAUUGCUCUCAUGGAUGACUGCAUGCUGGUCGACACGCUUUACAGUUUCCUCAGGUUGAAUGUGGAUCAACAUGACUCCCUCGUUCAGCAGUUGGUCUCAGAAGCAUGGCUCAGGAUAGACAGGUUGCCACUGCCGUCGCUAUCCAAGUUCUCCAUCUGUUUAAGUGAUCAGCACCUUCAACACAGUCCUCUAAUGGGCCACGUCACCAGAAUUGUGGCUCAGAGGUUGUCUUCCAUCGAUGAUGCCAGGAUCCUCACUCCACUGAUGAUUAGCGUGUCGUACCUGGCGUCCCCGCGGCUUCGGGACGCCCUCAUCGGCAGGGCAGAACAUCUCCUGGAAACCAUGGAUCCCUUGCAUUACAACAACCCGCGCAGAGUGGUGCAAUUCCUGCGCAACAUCAAGCACAGUCACCGGCCUCUGCUGGAGAAGUGCAACGAGCUCAUCUUGCGCAACUUUUCCAGACUGGACGUGGAAAAUGUCGGCGUGAUGAUGGGGUUGUAUCAGUCCCUGCAGUUCAACAACUGCGACUUCAGGCUGGCUGUCAAACAACGACUGACAGAGCUGAUCGAUUCAAGCACCGACCCCUUCUCCUUCACCAAGCUUUUUGUCAACCUGGCGCCGAUGGCAAGUCAGGACAUCAGAGAUGGGCUGGAAAACACUGCCCUGCUGCUGGCGGACGAGCUCAGUGCACAUCAGGCUCUGGUCAUAGCUGAAGCUCUAGAAGAGACUCAGAGCAGGAAUCUGAGCUUGAUGAACAAAAUUGCAUCAGUGAUCCAAAGAAAUCUUCACCUCUACAAGCCAGUGGAGGUGGCCAGAAUCACGCAAGCCCUUUUUCUGAUGCAAUACCAGAACCCCGAACUCUUCACUAAACUCCGAAACAUUUUGAACAACUUUCUGCAGCGCAGCGUCUACCCCUACGAGGUGAUCCUUUUGACCCGCGUGAUGUCCAUGCUGCCCAACACGCGCAUCGACGAGGGCGUGAUCUCGCGGGUGGACGCGGUGGUGGCCCAGUGCAAUCUCAACGACCUCAACACCGUUGCUUGCGCCAUUGCCAAGUGGGUGCGCAACGAUCCUUCCUACCGCCACAACACCCCCAGCAGGUACGUCCGCCUGCUGCAGACGCUGAACCGCUGCGGGCUCGAGAGGCUGCGAACGGCCGACCGGCUGGACCCGGUGCUGGAGGAGCUCAAGUACAUUUCGGGGGAGUGGUUUGAGGAAAUGCUGUUGGAGGAGACGAUGGCCACACUGGGGAGGAUGACGGGCCAGAUCAACUGCACCAAUGUGCCCGAGUUGGCUGUCUUCUUAACCCGAAUAAAUCACCUGUGCCCUCCUCUGAUGGACCGUAUAGCCAGCGUGGCCAUUAAAGACAUGGACAAGAUGCACCACUCAAUGAUAUAUGCCACCCUGCUACCGUUCUCCGUCCUGAAUUACGAUCCAGUACAAGCAGACGAGUUGUACGACGUUUGUAUUCAGCGCUUCCUUCCUCAUAUCAGCUCCUUUGACCCACAUCGGCUGGUUCUCCUGGCGUACGCUCUGUCCGUGGCCGACUGUUUCCCCGAGGAAAUGGCCAAGGAGAUCUUCAGCAUCGACUUUCUGCGAAAGCUGGACGGCCAAUUAGAAACGCUACCUGAUACCCUCAACAUGCGCACCAGGCUGUGCCUCAUGGAGCUCAAUCGCGCCGUCUGUCUCGAGUGUCCCGAGUUCCAGGUGCCGUGGUUUCACGAGCGCUACUGCCAGCGGUUGCAAAAGAAAGGGAAUGGCACGGUCGGUCCGGUGCAACAGCAAAUCCACAAAAUGCUCGGUGAAGUUCUCGGCGGCAUUAACUGUGUCCGAGUAGCGGUCGUCACUCCGUAUUUUUACACCAUAGACUUUGAAUGCAUCCUGGACAAACACCUGCAGCCGCUGGCCUACAGCGAGCCCAGCACGCUGCAGAUCUCUGACAGGGGACAGGUCCACUGGGGGAAAAGCUCAGUGGAGACCAUCAGCGAUGUGCUGCCCCCCGGAGCCCAGCGAGUUGCUGUGGACUUUCUUGAUUCAAAGUCCUUCUGCAAGAACACUCCGCAUAUGAAAGGCGAAGCCCUGAUGAGAAAAAGACACCUUGAAAUUCUGGGAUACCGCGUGGUUCAGAUCCCUCACUUUGAAUGGAACUCCAUGGAGCUUUCAACACCAGAUGCCUGGAAGGAAUAUCUAAAGAAGAAUAUAUUUAGGGAGCUCUCUUCUUGAAGGCCUUAUUUUUUAAACAAUAGAUU